AUGAUUGGCAAGCCAGAACGCGAGUCUUUUCGACCAGUUGACCUUGACGACUCCGAAUCGGAAUACUCUUACGCGCCCCCCAAAACAAUCCGGAAUUUCAUACGGUCGCGCUCCUGCAUUGUGGCCGGCUGUUUGUCCUCUUUUCUCAUAGUUGUCAUACUGCUUUCUAAUCUGUAUGGGAAGUCGCCUGCAAUUACGAGCUGUGGUAACACGCCGGAGGAGGCUCGCGCGCGUGGGUGUCGCUUCGAAUCGCACAAUUUUGCUUGGACACCUCCAGAAUGCUACGAUGAAUAUCUGAACACUGAGUGGGACUCUAAGGACUGGGGGUACUCGAGGAAUGGAGAAGGCACGGAUCUCAUCCCGCAGAGCGAAGUGCUGGAGGGCAAUUUGGAGUGGGCAUACGUGACUCUGAACCAGCACCUGACGCACUGCGUCCUGAUAUGGCAAAAGUACCAACGGGCAGUCAUGUUUGACAGGCCUACGGACAACUGGACUUCGAGCUUUGCUCACACUUAUCACUGCGGACACCUUCUGGUUCAGUGGGACUCCAACCAUUCGAUGUAUGAUAGCCUACUAAACACCAAGUAUGUGUCAUGCGACUACCGGUGGAAAAAACCUGACCCUAGCAUGUACGAUUCAUUCAAGGGAAAGCUUGAUGGAGGGUUGAUCGGGGAUGGCGGGAAUCACGCGGAUACUGCAGGCCGGACGGAACCUGAUCAUAGUUAA